UCAGCGCUAAAACACCACAGAAAAAAUGCCAAGUCGCAUUUUACAAGUUUAUCUUCUCCAGUUUCUGUUAUGUUCAGUAUGUUCAGGAUCAAUAUUAUAUCAAAGAAAUCCUGACAUUUUUCAAGAAGAUCCAAUUUUCGAAGUUUUGAAUCCAAAGGAAUUUCCAGGCGAUCAAACAAUUACAACGCAACAGCUUAGAACUAUUCUUAUAGCUUUUAAAAAGGAAAAUGUGGAACAAAUUACAAAACUCAGAAAGGAUUUUGAACUCACUCUAAAAAAUCAGGACUAUCGCAUUCAAAGCCUAGAGAAGAAAAUAGCCGAACAAGAGAGAAUUAUUUCUGAUUUGCAGCACGAUUUUUCCACGGUUAAUACCCGUGAAUGCCCGUCAGACAAUUUUAUUCUUAAAAAAGGAGAAAACGUGAAUCACACACCUACCAACGAAAUCGCAAUGUCUAAUGUGUCGUCCAUAAAGGAUGAAAUUAAGGCUUCCCAAGAUAAAAAUGUACAAAGUCUUAAAUCAAAAGAACAUCAGACCUAUGAAAGAAAAGGUAGGUUGUUAACCCCAGAUGUAACAGCACCUGGUCCAGUGGUUGCCUUCUACGCGUACAUGUCUGCGACUCUCCCAGCUAAUGUAGCAACGCCUCAACAUGUUCUUAUCUUUGACCACGUGAGAACCAAUAUUGGUAACGGAUAUCAUCCUUCCACGGGAGUGUUUAUAGCUCCCGAGACAGGGGUUUACGUAUUCAUAUGGAAUUUUCAUAAUGGCGGUGGAAGUUAUCAUGCUACCCAGCUCAUGAUAAAUUCGGAGGAGUGGGGAAUAAUAUAUAGUCACGCUGCUUCAAUCGCUUGGACCCAGUCCACGGGUUGUGUAGUGGCCCAUGUAAAUAAAGGGGAUGAUAAUAUCUUGAUAUUGAAUAUUCAUAUCCCAAAUAUUCAAUAA